UCAUCUAGAUCGGGCUUAGGUUUGGGGGCUGCUUUGACCUGCCGAGGACCUCAGGAACCAAGUUUUUCUACUUAAGGUGGAAAAUCAUCAGGGGAAAGAAAUUCCCGAAUUUGGCUGACUUUGGAGUACGAAAUCAGCCUCUAUUUUUCAUUUUCCGAGUCAGUGGAAAAUGGGGACUAGGGUUCCUGUGCAGCACUAUAAUCUCAACUCUCCCACUUCGUUCAUUGAGGGCCCACUCCACGUUCUCAACACCGUUGAGAGUAGAACCUCCGAUAUGGAUGACAUCGAAGCCGAGGUCGAUCGCGAAGCUGUCACCGAAGAUAGCUUGGACAAUGAUAAUGAUACUGGUGCCGUCGACUGCAUGCAUGAACCCCAUAGGAAUUCCUUGCCACUUCACAAUGUGGAAGUUGAAGAGGAUCGCUCCAGUCUCGAGAACAACGACUCUUCAAGGGACCCUUAUAAUAUCUUGACCAUUGAUGAUGUUUCACCCAUCGAAUCAGCCAGGGCAAGAUUUCUACAAAUUGUUGUGGAUCAUUUUAUUGAUGACCAUGUAAUUGAAGUGGCUGAUUCUGAGGCUGAUUACACUGCUCAGUGUGGGCAAGAUAAGCUCAAUAAAAGGAAGACAAGAGAGGCCCAGUAUGAAGGAGAUCCUAGUUUUGCUUUACCUCUGAUGUAUAUUGCAAACAUGUACGAAAGCUUAGUAAAUGAUGUCAACACCCGGCUUGCUUCCUUGAAUGGCAUUCGUGAAAAGACAAUUGGGGUAGCGCUAGAAGCAGCUGGUGGUUUGUACCGAAAACUUGCCAAGAAAUUUCCAAAGAAAGGACCAUGCACAUACAAGAGAAGAGAAUUGGCAACUUCCAUGGAAACAAGGACAAGGUUUCCAGAACUAGUAAUUCAAGAAGAGAAGCGUGUCCGCUUUGUGGUAGUCAAUGGUUUGAAUAUUGUUGAAAAACCAGAUGCCAUGCCUAUUGAUGAUGCUGAGUGGUUUAAGAGAUUGACAGGUCGCCACGAGGUUGCUAUCUCUGCACGUGACUAUAAAUUUUAUUCUCCAAGACACAAGUUUAGGCGUACAGCAUCAAACAUGAUGGCCAAUAUCUCUGGUCUACCUAGUUAUCCUGGAGCUGACAACUCGUCUACAUUGAGUACUUCUCAAGGAUUUCGCUCUCAAACUCCAUGCAAACAUCACACAAGCUUGGCUCAUCAGCCUCAGUUUCAUCCAGUUCACCAGAACCAUCAAACUAUGCAUCAGAGUCAGCAUGCAGGCCCCUAUUCUCACAACAAUCACUGUGGUCCUUCCUCACACUUACCUGAAAUUUCUCAUGCUCACCAGUCACCAACAAUAUCUCAACAGUUGCCCUGCUUACAACCACUCACAAGUGGCCAUGUUGGUGGACGCCUGCAUAUACUGCCAUCGAGUCCUGCAAAGUUUUGUGAUGAAUGUGGGGCCCCAUUUCUGAGAGAAGCAUCUAAAUUUUGCUCCGAGUGUGGUUCAAAGAGGUUUGGAAUAUGAUAUUGAGUGUUCAAACUUCGAAGUGCAGCCAUAUUCGUGAGUUGGGUUUGUCCUCACCAUUCGUCCUAGUUCUGAUCAAAUGUCUUCAUAGUUCAUGUAUAAAUUAGCUUUCCUAAGCAUUUUCACAUUUUUGGGAAAUGCAUUUAAUCAUGUAAAUAGUAAGAGAAAAUUGUUUGCAUUAGCGUGCGUGCGUGCGUCGACGCAGUCUUUUGAUAGUUCUCACUUUCGGGCGACUAGAACAAAUAACCUUUGGAUUUACUCCCUCACUUUAACUU